AUGCUCGUAAUUCUUACCACGUUCCCAUGCCGCAAAACGCACCACGAGGAGAUCCGCUCGAGAACUACGGACGAAGGCAUCGCGCAGCUCCAAAAUCUGCUCAUCAGCCAGCUCGUAACUUCGCGAAGACCGUUUACGACGACAAUAAUUACCUGUGCCUGGGCCAGCGAUCACGCCUACAGCUACGCAGGCCCCACAACAUACCUGGGUAUGGAUCCAACUCCACUUACGCCUUCAGCAUCUGGUACAGGCGGAGGAGGCAACGGCGGUGCUGUAAGCCAGAAGACCUUGACGGCAGAAGAGAAGAACCAGUGCCCGUACGGCGACACACGUUGGCCUCCUGCUAAUGUAUCGAUAUCCAAGCCUCUACACCUAUUGAGCGACAAAGAUGAGGAGCCAAUAUUUUACCACUUGCUACACGAAAACAACAGCCCUCAAGUCGAGUUCUGGAAGGGCCCGGUGAAGGCCCAAGCCACGGCCGCCUACGCGGAGAAAGGUCUUGCUUUACCAAUAUCGAAGGAAGGGAAGAGCAAAAAACAGAUCAAAGCUGCAAAAGAGAGAGUGCUUGAAGAUGAAGCGCCGAGAGCGAAGACUGAAAUUGAGCAGGCUAGGGAUACGAAGAUGCUGAAAGAGUUGAGCAGUGGACCAAGGGGAACACUCUGGCAGCUUGACGAAGAGCACCUGCACGUUUGGCGAUGUAUCGAGGUGGUCCAGAAGGUGUAUGGGGCGGUGAGCCUUAGUGCCGAGCGGCGGGAAAUAUUUUCGAUGUUCGGUGUUGGCCUGAAGCGCAUCGAUGGUGAUAUGUUGAUGGUCAGCCAGGAGGCGUAG